CUUCUCUUUUAUACUUCAGUUUCCUUGGCGAUUGAACUUUUGAGGAAACUGAUAAUGGAUUUGGUGUCUGACUGCUUGUUCUCCGGAGAAACGAUGUCGUUUCCCGAGCUAAUUUGAUUCACGUCAAUCUUUUUAAAGCUCGGCAACUGCUUCUGCUGUCUGCAAUAUUCGUGAUUUUUCCGACUCCGAUCUGAGUUUUUUUUUUUUUUUUUUUUAAGAAUAAAAAUUACUUGACUAGUGCGCGAAUGCAGCUGAGAGAAAGUUAGCUUUUGAAUUCUGAGAAAGAAGGUUGGCUGCGAGAAAGAAGAAUCAUGAUGAGUAGUACUCAACAACUUUUAGAUAUUCAACCUAAGGAACUCCAAUUUAUAUUUGAAUUGAAGAAGCAGAGUUCAUGUGCAGUUCGACUUACCAAUAACACCUUCCAUAAUGUUGCUUUCAAGGUUAAGACUACUUCCCCCAAGAAAUACUGUGUGAGGCCAAAUGUUGGCAUUAUCUCGCCAAAGUCAACCUGUGAAUUUACUGUUACGAUGCAAGCUCCAAAGGCAGUUCCUCUUGAGAUGGCUUGCAAAGACAAGUUCUUAAUUCAAAGUACUGCUGUUCCUCUUGGGACAACUGAAAAGGACAUAACACCUGAUAUGUUUAGCAAAGAUGACGGCAAGCACAUUGAAGAGGUCAAGCUGAAAGUGGCACUCAUUAGCCCACCUGAAUCUCCAGUAUUAUCUCCAAUCAAUGGGGUGCUUAAUGAGGGAUCAUUUUUUGAAUCUUCUGUUCUGAGAGACCCAGUAUUGAGUACCACUCCAUCACAUACGGAAUUCAAAAUGAUUUAUGAUCAAGAUACCAAAACAGAAAAGAAUGCCAAGUUGAAGCCAAAGAAGGAUGUGAUUGAUUUUCAGGAGUCAAAGCCUGCAAAGGACGCAGAGUUUAUGCCAAAUAAUGAUGCAGUUGAUGCAGAGGAGUUAAACCUGACGAAGGAUGAAGAGUUGAAGCCAGAAAAGUAUGACACUGGUGUUAAGCUGGCAAAGUUUGCAGUGCUCCCUCAACCAAUGAAUGCAAUGAAGGACACCUUCAAUGAUAAGCUGGCAAAGGAAGUAGAGUUCCCUCCACCAAUGAAUGCGGUGAAGGAUGUUAUUAAUGAUAAGGUGGCAAAGGAUGCAGAGUUCCCUCCACCAAAGAAUGUAAUGAAGGAUGCUUGUAAUGAUAAGCCGGCAGAAGAGGCAGAGUGCCCUGCUCCAGAGAAUGAAGAAAAGGAUGCAGAAUUUGUAGUAGUCAAGGCUGUGAAUGAGCUGAAGUUAGUAAGUGAUAUUGAGGAGAUGAAGUCCAAACUGAAUGUACUUGAAUCAAAGCUAAACGAGGCUGAAUCCACCAUUUCAAAGUUGACAGAGGAGAGGAGACUAAGCAUCCAGGAGAGAAAAAUCUUGCAGGAAGAAUUAGCGGUGUUGAGGAGCAGGACAAGUGCAAAAAAAGCACAAGUGGGAUUCCCUCUGCUUUUCGUGGUUAUGGUUGCACUUAUCAGUGUUUUGCUUGGAUACCUAUCACACCGCUGAAUAUGGAACACCACAUAUUAGAGUAUGUUGUCAAUAGUUAGGGGACAUGAUUCGUGAAGGUAUAAUUUGGGACUGGGUAGCAUAAAAUUCUGAUUCUCCAAAGAAUAGCAAAAGUGUCUUUGCUGAUCUUUUCUUUUUAUUUUUAUUUUUGGUAUGAUUCACACUGGGGAUGUAACUUGUUAUAUUUUAGCAUGUUGGAUGUAUACAGUUUACUAUUAAUGACAAAAUCGAAUGUAAAAUUCUGGAUUUUUGAUUUAAAUAUAUAAAGAGAUAGAGAAAAUGUUACUUGGAA